AUGGGCAAGACUACACAGAAUGUAAAGCGCCCAAGCCGGAAAGCCAUUCCCACUACCGGUAAACUUUCAACUACCGGCCGGCUUUCACGUAACCGGCGGCAGACUUUCCAAUACCGGCCGGCUUUCAAGUACCGGCGGCAGACUUCUCAGUACCGAGAGCUUUGUCAGUACCGAGAGGUUUCUCGUUACCGGAAAAGUCGGUACUAUUGGUGGUGA